ACCGAGAGUAAAGUGACUGAAUGAACAAAACGGGGAGGAAGACGAACUGGAACCGGAAGAAAGCUGAGGUUUUGUUCCUAGGGCAAAGAGUAACAAAGAAUAGCAAUGGCUCUCUGUGACUUUUUAGGCAGUGAUGUGGAGUUUUUGCGGGGCGGCUUUUUUGGGAUGGGUGGUGGGUCCGAACAUGUCAGUGGACCUUUGCAUAACCUGUUAGGAGUGCCGCAGAUCGGUAGUGCCAAUUUAACGCGGGACCUGACACUGGAUGAUUCAGGUGCUCCAAAAAUUGAGUUCUUGCAUGGUACAACGACUCUUGCUUUUAAGUUUCAGCAUGGUGUCAUUGUUGCAGUGGACUCCCGAGCUACAGCUGGAGCAUACAUCGCCUCCCAGACUGUGAAGAAAGUUAUAGAGAUCAAUCCUUACCUUCUAGGAACUAUGGCUGGAGGGGCAGCAGAUUGUAGUUUCUGGGAGCGCCUGUUGGCAAGGCAGUGUCGCAUCUAUGAGCUACGGAACAAGGAGAGGAUUUCUGUGGCAGCAGCCUCCAAACUUUUAGCGAACAUGGUAUACCAGUACAAGGGUAUGGGGCUGUCCAUGGGCACGAUGAUCUGUGGUUGGGAUAAGAGAGGUCCAGGUCUUUAUUAUGUGGACAGUGAAGGAAAUCGGAUUGCUGGUGAUAUGUUCUCUGUGGGUUCAGGUUCUAUGUAUGCCUACGGUACACUAGAUCGUGGAUACCGCUAUGAACUAGAUAUAGAUGAAGCCUAUGAAUUGGCACGACGAUCCAUUUUCCAAGCCACUCACCGGGAUGCUUACUCUGGGGGGGUGGUCAACCUCUACCAUGUACAAGAAAAAGGUUGGAGCAAAAUCUCUCGGGAAGAUGUAGCAGAUCUGUUUGAGAAGUAUAAGAUGGACUGAGUAGCCUUUCCCAUAAAUGUGGAAUUGCUGUUUGUAGAGGCCACAGGUUCCAAAGCCUGUCAAAUUCUCUGUAAUAUGUACCAUUUUCAGUGCUGCCAUCAGUUUUGAAGGGACUGACCGUCUUUGCUAGUAUUUGGGAGUAGUUUUGUUUAACAUUUUCCUUAUGUCGGUCUGGUCUAGUACUAUAAGGCAGUACACUUGAGUUAACACCAAGUCAAAGUUGCCCUUAAGGUUUAUUAUAUUGGGUUGCAUUCUGUUAAAUUCCUCUGCAUAUGGACUGACAAAAUUGGAAACUUCUAUAAAACAUUAAAAAGUCUUUUUGACACUA